AGGGGCUGUCGCGGCGGAGACUGUCGGGCGGGGCGGUGGAGGCAGGCUCGGUACCGUGGCUGGAAGAAGAAUCCACGCUUGGGACUUCUACAGCCCACAUCGACUACACAGCCCUCCCUCCGCCCCGCGGCAAGGCACGGCAAGGCAGGGUAAAGUAAGGAAGGCGAGGCGAUGCAAAGUGAUGCCCAGCUCAGCCUUGCUCUACCGUGCGACGGCUACAGGCAAAACGGCGGCAGUAGUCCCCAGCCCGGGACGGUCGCCCAGAUAGUCGCUCCACUCGCCCCGCAGCAGAGACUACCGGCGCGCCCGCUCCCUCAGCCACGGCGCAUGCGUGGAGCCCCGCCUCCGGCCCGCCCGAGCGGCGCCUGCGCGCUGCGCGCCUGACGUCGCUGCCCUUAGUUGCCGGUGGCGGCUGAGGCGCAGGCAGGUACCGGGCGGGGGCGGCGGGACCGGGAGGCGGCAGCGGCGAGCGGCUGGAGGCAAAAGGAGGGCAGGGAAAGGCGGAAAACGCGCGGAGGCGUUCCGUUAAUUAAUGAGCUGCUCUCCAGUCGUUGUCCUUGUGUAGCGCGGUGUCAGUUAACGGCGGGAAUCUCUGGCGCAUCCCUGGAGAGAGCGGAGCGGGGCCAGGCCCGGCCCGGCAGCCGCCUGCCGUGGCGCGUUCGGAGCCCCAGAAGCAGCCUGCAGCAGCCGUUGCUGUCUGUAGCUGGCGAGCUGCCCGCCGGUGUGCAGAGCGGGCUGAGUGGGGCUGGGGGCCGGCCCCCUGGGGGCUGGUACGCGCUCCGGCCGGGGAGGGGGGGUGCUGAAAAAAUAGGACAGGAUGGAGUGCAAGUAGAUCUAGAUACGAAUAUGAAUGUAAAUCUAUAAAUAGCACCGCAACAAUGGGUGGGUAUAAGCAGAGGUGUUUUGGUGCUAGGCAUCUGUCAGUUUUGGGAAAUCGUACCUGUGCCUCUGGUAGGGGAAUGCAGUUUCUGGAAAAUAAAAGAAUGCUAAAAAUUCUACUCUGGCUAUUUUUAGUAGGAAUUGAUGAGUUCUGAGAGAUUUGAGUUGGAAAAGGAAAAAAAAAUGAUACAAAAUUUGCAUGUAAGAGCCCAUUCUCUGACACAAAAAGAACAACCCAACGUGCACAUGAUGCCAAUCGUUCAUCAACUGCUUUUGUUAAAUUCAGAGCAGAAACACCCACCACCAUUUGACUGCGAUACUUGACUCCAGUCAAUACAUGUAAUGCUGCGCAGGAGGAACAAAAGGAGGAGCACAGGAAACAGUGAAAAGUAGCUCAUCUAACGCUACUGUGCCUUCAGAUAUUUUCCUGUAUUUUACCAACAGUCCUUCAGGGAUGGGCUUAUAAACCUCACAGCAAGAGCUUGGUGGCUUGUGCGGGGCAGCUGGCCCAGCCUCUCCUGGCACUGAUGCAGCAGCAAGGCUGAGGGCUGGGUUGUACCCGCUGGCUGCAGCAGCAGCAGGGCUUCCCACAGCAAAGCCGGUGCUCUUUCUCCCUGGUUGGCCUGGGCUCUGCGGCGUCAGUGCCAACCUAUGCCCCUGGGAGGGGAGCGUGGCUGCCCUCUCUCCGACUCUCCUCUGCGCACACGGGGUGAUGACAGCUCAGCAUGGAUCGGCAAUAGUAAGACUAAUGAUGCUGGUUCCCAUUAAAGCGAGCGCUGGGGGAGGGGACCGUGUUUUCCACUACGUGUGGUAGCUGAUGAUGUUUAUCUUGCUGCUUUAAAAAUAAAUAACGUUGGGAGGAAUCGCAUGGUGUUUGUUUACUGCAUCUCUAGGACGUGGUGAUGUUUGCAUUUCAUAUGCUGUGUCUUACGAGCCCAAAAGACUGGAGACGUUUGAAGAUUAUGUAAAAGUAAAGGUGCACAUACCCUUUAAAAAGAGUAAUAAUGGGACCAGGCAUUCAAGAAUAUCCCUUAUUACUGCACAGAGAGACACAGAAAAAGGAAAGCCAAAUCAAUGCAAACCACAAAGGAAUGGUAAAUUACAAUAAUGGAAAAAGCCAUCCAAGCACCAAAGCACUAGAUAAACCAAUUUCUCAUGUGAAAUCUUCUCCUGGACGAUUAGGCAAGAAUGUAUCAAGUGCCAUUGAAAAGAUUUCCCAUGACACUCAAGAUGGGAACCAACCAACUAUUAUUAAGAAGGGAAGAAAACAUCUGGAUGACAACACUCAGUCAAAAAGGGUCACGAGUGUUUGCACAUCACUGCACAGAGUACAAGGACCAAAGACAAGUCUCCCAGAAAGAAGGCAAAAUGAAUCUUUUCUGCACAGAAUCCCUCCUAGCGUAAAGGGCAGCACACAAGGUACCUUCUGUAGGCUUAAAGAUGUCCCAGUACAACAUUUUUAUGGCAGUAAAAAAGAACAGUUGGAAAAGAACCGUGAAGGACACGUUGCAGAAGCUGGUCCAUGCUCUUCUAAAUGGCAAGAAGCAUCUGUAGAUGAAAUGUUUCUUGAUCUCAAGUCAGUACGAAUUAUUAAAGAAGAUGCUGAGGAUGAUAGUGCCAGUGAUCUCUCUGAUUCAGAAAGAAUUCCCAUUCCUCCAUCUCCCUGCACACCACCAGAACUCAUUCUCAGAGCUGAGGAAAUUGAUCCAGUUUGUUUGGAACAUGUCUCUGGUACAGGUUUUAAGGAAUCAGAAUAUUAUUACCCAGACUUCCUCCCACCCCCUUUCAACUCAUGGGACUUGAAGCAACUGUCCAUCUUUGUUAAUGUGGAGGGUAAAACUGACUUCCGACCAAAGCCAACAGGACUUCUUGAGAAAUACAUUGAUCGUCUUUUGCAGCUGGAAUGGCUGCAAAUGCAGACUGUACAGAGUGAGAAAGGAAGGGCAGCCAAAGCCCGGCCACAGACUGCUCCCAGCUCUAUCCGUAGCCUAAAAAGCCCUGGCAAAGGCAAGGCAUUGCUCAGCCCUUUGCCUAACAAGCAAGUGGUUCCCCAAGAAAGCGUUACAAAGCUGCCCAGAAGCUAUUCAGGUCACAGGGGAGCUUCAUACUGUGAGGAGAGUCGCCGGUUACAUUCUCAUCCAGGUCACUUGAAACUUUCUGAGAGAAUGGAAUGUGCAGUGUCUUCUCAGAGACAAUCUGGUGAAGUAAGGAGUGAACUGAGAAAAAACCCAACUGCAAAGCAACAGCUUUUCAGUGUGCAGCCCUCUGAGAACAGUUCUAAAAUUCAAAGUGUUGGUAAUAUCAGACCCACUAAGCAAAUCCCUGUAUUUCAUGGCUCAACUGCUCCCAUCAAAGGCUUCAAAACCUGUGCGUGCACAAAUCCAAAGAAGAACGACAAUGGCAACAAUUAUGUUCCUUCAAAAAAACCAACAGGUGACAGGAAAAUAAAAACAAAUGGCACAAAGCAAACAUCACACACAUUUAAAUGAGAAAAAACUUCAUUAGUAAAUACAUUAGUGAUGCUGCUUAACUGCUAGAAAGCACUUGGCCAAUGCAGAAGGGUCAUGUUUUCUUCAUAGGAAGACCCUGAGAAAAUAUGUUCUUGAUGCAUGGUUCUAAGUCAGCACUUUUCAAUACAUUUGAUCUUAAGCCAGCAAGGCCAGCAGGAAAUCUUUUCCCUGAAGGCAAGUGUCUUCCAUUGGUCUUUCCUCCAAAAUAACAAUUGCUGAAUGAAGAUAACAAUGGGAGACUAUGAAAGUUUAGAGAAAUAUGUAAUUAUAACACAUACUCCUGUUUAUACCAGUUGAAUCCCUCUGAAGUCUGUGGUGUUUCUUAUGGGUACUUUGAUAUAUUUGAGAGAAUAGGAUCCAUGCUCCUUUUCUUGAACAAACGUGCUAUUUUGUGAGACAGAUUUGAUGGUGUUUUCUGAUGGAAAAGGGCUCAACUGUUUUUAUAAUAUACAUGGAGUGUGUUUAUCUAUGCAAAGUCAGUUCUCUAAUUCUUCACAGAAGAUGAUGAAUUGGGUUAUUUUGAUGAGAUACUAUUUUUGUAAUAAUAAGAAGAAUGGAGAUAAUGUUUUGAAAUAUUUUGAUGCAGAAAGGAUUCUUUUUUAAGACAAAAAAUUACUAGGGAGCAGACAGCUUCAAUAGUGACAGAUUAAGGAAAUGGAAUGUGUAUUUUUAUACCCUGAAAUCUUCACUGUGUUUACAGACAGCUUCCCAUGAAGUUCAUUUUGUAAGCCUUGAUUUUUAUCAUUUAGAGGAAAUGACCAAAUUUCAAAUUGCACAUGACUGUAUAUGAGUAAUGCAAAAUGAGGAUAUUACCAGGGAUUUUGUGGCCUAAUUUGCAGAACUGAUAGCCUCUCAAAUGAUAAAAAGUAGACUCUUAUGGGGUGAAUUUAAAGACUAUUGUAAGUUCAGGUAAAGAUAUAUUUUGAUACAAAAGAUAGCUAUUAUUUAUCCUGUGGUCCAGUCUGCUUCAGUUAACUUGGCUUCACAUUUAAGUUUUCAAUGAAGUGAUAUGGGGAAAUACCCCACAGAAGGGAAGUAAAGCUAGAAUUGGGUCUUGUCCUUAGACCUUCUGUUUUCUCUGUGUCUGUGAGAUACAAGAGAAUAUGAUGUGAGUAUUCAAGUGCCCAGUUCAUGUGUUAACAAUUUCAAAUCAUUCACAGCAGCUGGGAACACAGUGUUGUUAAAGAUGAAAUUCUAGAGGAUGUUUUGUACUUCAAUUUUAAAAUUAAAUGCUGAGGAGCAUUAACUUCAUCCUCAGCCACCAGUCACAGUGAACUGUAUGAGAAGUGAGGUCUGAUGAGUCCUUCACCUUGUGAUAGAAAACAAAAACGUAGCAGCUACUAAGAGUACAUUAUGUAUAUAGUUAAAUUGCACUUCUCUUGUUGAUCUCAUCUUGUUUUUAAGAUGCUUAGCUGUUUCUAUUCUUUCAUUGUGCCUACCAGACCUUCAGCUUUGUAAAAUUUCAAAGCAUGUAUUUAUAUGUAGUCUAAAAUGUGAGAAUAUUAAUAAAUGUAGUAAUAAGAGUAUUUUACAGUACAUGAAAAACAUUACUCAGGAAUAGUCUAAGAAAUAUUUUCAGUAUUUUUUUUCCAAGUCUGUUGGAGACCAAAUGUGAAAUUUUGAAUUGGUAAAGGAAAUGAAUGUAAUAAACAGUAUUAUAUUUCCAUAUUCAGUAUUCGUGAAGUUACAGUUAAAAUGAAUUGCAGUUGCAUGUACAUUCAGCUCUAUGCAAUUAAAGUGAAAUGUAAUCUGACAUGCUCUAAGAUCAAAUAAAUUGUCUAUGUCAGAAGUGUGGUGAAAUUUAAGAGGAUGGGAUGGUAUUCAACAACAGCAGCUGCAGAGGACCAGCACAUCUUACUGUUGCAAUUCCAUUCUUUAUGUUGUUCCAGACUCAUCAUGUUUUUCACCUUUUUUUUAGAUGAAAUAUUCUUGCAUCCAGUGCUAGAAUUUCAAGGUCUGGCCAAAUUCUUCAAGCCUUUGUUAGCUGGAUUUUCCUGAUUCACAUUAACAGUAGUGAAAGUUCAUAGGACUGCUCUUACCAGUAAGCACUGCUUUAGUGCACGAUUUUAGUACACCAGGGUACUGUUAUUAGCACCAAAAACAAGGUGAGCAGGAUCAAGUCAAUAAUCAGAAUAGCUAUUUUUUAAAAACAAACUGGUAGAUGCAGUAAUCAAUUUAGCAUGUUAUUGUAGCACUGAAUAUUAGUGUAUGCUAAUUUUUACUCAAGUGUUGCCCUACAUUAAUGCUUUCCUAGGUUAUAAAGAGGGCAUGUGGGUACAGGCACAUUUUGCAUGAUCACUUCGUAAAGAGUGAAUAAAUAGUGUUUGAGUCAGCUUUGACCAGAUUGGCACUGAGAAAGGUUGCUUUUUCUCAUAGAUACAGGAAAGUUUUGUUCUAAUGUAGUGCUUGUGAUCUGAUGUAUAUCAAUCUGUUGUUGAACACUAAAAAAAUUAAGCAGGUGGAGAUGAUGGUGCCACUUAAAAUAAGUCUGAGAUGCCACUUAAAAUAAAUCCGAGUACUUGUGAUCUGGCCAAGUCUCACAUGAUAGUCACACAAGUCAUCUUUGAUUUGAUUUUUCUUACACAGUCGAUUCACAUACAGAAAUAGAAAUUCUGCAUCUGCCCCAACAAACAGCUCUUAGCGUGAGCAGACUUGGAAGGGCUGGACUUGCAUCAUUUUUGCUGCCAUUUUAACUUGACUAUGUUCUGGGCCUAUAGAUAAGAGCUCCUUUUAUGAAGAGAACUAUGUUUUACGUUUCCUUCAUUUUUAAUUGAUGGAUAUUAUCUUUAAAAGCACUUUUGAAUAUAGCAGAAAAGUUUAUUCCAUGAAAUAAAUUCAGUUUGGAAAUAAAAUACUUCCAUAGCACAGUGUUUGUGCAGCAACUUAUUUUUGCUUUCACUAUGUUUAGCAAUAUGAUCCUGUGUGUGUCUAAGCCUGGCAUUGAUGCUUCAUGAAGGUCAAGUUUACUAUGAUGUGAGUUAUUUAAACAAGAGUGAUUAUUUAUUUAUUUUUAGUUAAUUUAGAGGUUUCAUGUUCUGCAGCACUGCCUACAGAACAAAUAUGCUCAGGUUGCAUUUUAAAUAAAUAUCUAGAUUCUACUCCAGUUAUGCUACUAUAAACUCUGUUGUUUUCAGUGAAAUUAGCAUUACAAAGAUGUAAAGAAAUGGAAUUUCACUCCAAUAAUGUAUAAACUAUUUUCCUUAGUAAUGCUCAACUGUAUUUUUAAUGCAUAACAUGAAGAACUGUAAAACUAUUGUUUUUCUCUUGACAUGUUUCUUUUGUCUCUGCAAUGAAAUACUGUGGUCAGUUAAAGUUUGAGCUCCCCUGAAUCCCCCCAUGUGGCACCUUUCAGUUUUAUACAGUAGUUCUGAGAGUUCUACAUGAUGCCUCUAGAUCGUCAUUCUGUUACCAGCACAGGUAUCGAGCUUCUCCCAAAGAGGGGUUAUUGCUGGUGAGCAAUGCAAGCCAUUCUGAGGACAGAGGCUUCACAUCUUCCUCAGUGGAAAAGCCUUGCAAGGGAGACUCAGAUCAGUCCCUAUUGCUGGUUCAGUAUCCUAAGUCAUGGGUUGGCCACUUGUUAAGGCUGUUCAGGUGGACUGUGUUUUUCUUUGCAAAUGAGAGGUUUACAAUUGCUGGUACAAAUUUGGGGUUUUGGAGUGACAGUGCAUCUCACAGCAGCAAAAGGGCUCAGCAGUAUUUGUUCUGAGAGAGUUGAGUUUAGAGCAGAUGGGUUGCCAGAGGUAGGGAGAUCUCGUCUCCCACUGAUGCCCCUCUCCCAGGGUGUUCUGGCCAUAGCUCUCUGCCUGGCUGCCCGUGUGCUGCUGUUGCCCCUCUGCUUUCUGCUGCCAACUCAAGCCGGAUGACCGGGGUAUGAUGCUGCACAGGGUAGUCAUGGCUAUAUCAUUGGGCUAAACUGUCUUAUUUGACUCCAGAUUGCUUAAUUAUCCCAUAAUCCCAUUACUGCUUGUGUCUUUUCUGUGUUUCAUCUAUUGUUUGAUGUAACAUUUGUCUUGUAUUUGCCAUUUAAAGGAUCUUGUUAGGAAUUUGAAAGUGUUUUGACAAAGUUUUUUCAGUCAGUCUGUGAUAUAUUUGUUUUGAGCUGAUAGUAUAAUUGAAAUUUCUACAGUGUGAAAUAUCCUCUAAUGUCGAGAUUUUUUGCCUUGUUUUAAAGGUAUUGAGCCUUUGUUGGUCUGAUUGGCAUUAGUGAGUUUUCUUUUGAAAAACAGACUAUCUGGAAAGACUGGAACUCUACUAAUAAACUAAGAGUUUGCAGCCCAGCUUUUGAUGUUGGCAAUCAUGCAUUCUUAUUUAUUUG